UCGUUGCGCGACGAACCAGAGAGCUCCUCCCUUUAUAAACACUCCGCUCUGCAAAGAUCGAAGCAGAAAGAAGAAAGAAAGAAGAAGAAAGAGGUGAGGAAGAUGAGGAAGUGGACGCUGCCAGCAGCUCUGCUGUUAUUGCUACUGCUCUCUCUCCUUCCAGAUCAAGGUCGGAAGUUGCACGCGAAUGCGGAGGGAAAUGACGAUUCGGAGGAAUUGGUAGAUCCGCCAAAGGUCGAGGAAAAGGUCGGCGGUGCUGUUCCGAAUGGUCUAUCAACGGAUUCGGACGUCGUCAGGAGGGAGGCGGAAUCAAUCUCUCGAAGAUCUCUGCGGAAUAAUGCAGAGAAAUUUGAGUUCCAGGCAGAGGUUUCACGGCUGAUGGAUAUACUCAUCAACUCGCUCUAUAGCAACAAGGACAUUUUUUUGAGGGAACUCAUCUCUAAUGCUUCUGAUGCAUUGGAUAAGAUCAGAUUUCUUUCGCUUACGGAUAAGGAUAUUUUGGGUGAAGGCGAUACUGCAAAGCUUGAGAUCCUGAUGAAAUUGGACAAGGAGAAGAAAAUUCUUUCUAUUCGUGACCGAGGUAUCGGGAUGACGAAGGAAGAUCUGAUCAAGAACCUAGGAACCAUAGCAAAAUCUGGAACGUCAGCUUUUCUGGAGAAAAUGCAGACAGGGGGUGAUCUAAAUCUCAUUGGGCAAUUUGGAGUUGGGUUUUACUCUGUAUACCUGGUUGCCGACUAUGUUGAAGUCAUUAGCAAACACAAUGAUGACAAACAGUAUGUUUGGGAGUCAAAGGCUGAUGGAGCCUUUGCAAUUUCUGAAGAUACAUGGAAUGAACCUCUUGGGCGUGGCACGGAAAUCAGGUUGCAUCUUAGAGAAGAAGCUAGUGAAUAUUUGGAGGAAGCAAAAUUAAAAGAGUUGGUGAAAAAGUAUUCUGAAUUUAUCAGCUUCCCCAUAUAUCUUUGGGCAACCAACGAAGUGGAUGUAGAGGUUCCUGCAGAUGAAGAUGAAUCUGGGGAAGAAGGGGAAACAUCUGAAACCAGCUCUUCAGAGGAUGAAGAAACGGAAGAGGAAGAUACUGAGAAAAAGCCGAAGACAAAGAAAGUGAAGGAAACAACUAAUGAAUGGGAACUUUUGAAUGAUGUGAAAGCCAUAUGGCUGCGCAGUCCAAAGGAGGUGACUGAUGAAGAAUAUACCAAAUUCUACCACUCCCUCGCAAAGGAUUUUAGCGAUGAAAAGCCAUUAGCUUGGAGUCAUUUUACUGCUGAAGGUGAUGUAGAGUUCAAGGCUGUUCUUUUUGUGCCUCCUAAGGCUCCUCAAGAUCUUUAUGAAAGUUACUACAACAGCAACAAGUCCAACUUGAAGUUGUAUGUUAGACGGGUCUUCAUAUCAGAUGAAUUUGAUGAGCUUCUACCCAAGUACCUGAGCUUUUUAAAGGGUCUUGUUGAUUCUGACACGUUGCCUCUUAACGUUUCACGAGAAAUGCUUCAACAACACAACAGUUUGAAGACAAUUAAGAAGAAACUCAUCCGGAAGGCACUUGAUAUGAUUCGUCGCAUUGCAGAUGAGGAUCCUGAUGAGUCUGAUGAUAAAGACAAGACAGACGUGGAUAAAACUAGCGAGGAUGAUGAGAAGAAGGGACAAUAUGCAAAGUUCUGGAAUGAGUUUGGCAAGUCCAUAAAACUUGGCAUCAUAGAGGAUGCUAGUAACAGAAAUCGUCUUGCAAAGCUUCUCAGAUUUGAAAGUACCAAAUCUGGUGGUAAGCUGACGUCAUUGGAUCAGUACAUUUCAAGAAUGAAACCCGGGCAGAAGGACAUAUUUUACCUUACGGGAUCCAGCAAGGAGCAAUUGGAAAAAUCCCCAUUCCUUGAAAGACUCACAAAGAAAAACUAUGAGGUUAUUUUCUUCACGGAUCCAGUGGAUGAGUACUUGAUGCAAUACUUGAUGGACUACGAAGACAAGAAAUUCCAGAACGUGUCAAAAGAGGGCCUGAAACUUGGAAAGGAGUCGAAGAACAAGGACCUUAAGGAGUCCUUCAAGGAGCUAACCAACUGGUGGAAAGAUGCUCUUGCCAGUGAGAAUGUGGAUUCCGUGAAGAUAAGCAACCGUUUGGACAACACUCCCUGUGUGGUGGUGACGUCCAAGUACGGAUGGAGCGCAAACAUGGAGAAAAUCAUGCAGUCCCAGACUCUGUCCGAUGCUAGCAAACAGGCAUACAUGCGAGGCAAGAGGGUGCUUGAGAUUAACCCGAGGCAUCCUAUCAUCAAGGAGCUUCGUGAGAGAGUCGUUAAGGACCCUCAGGAGGAGAGUGUGAAGCAGACGGCACAUCUGAUUUACCAAACGGCACUGAUGGAGAGCGGUUUCAUGCUUCCCGAUCCCAAGGAUUUUGCUUCUCGUAUCUAUAGCUCAGUCAAGGCAAGUUUGCACAUCAGCCCGGAUGCUGCUGUGGAAGAGGAAGAUGAUGCAGAGGAAGAGGUCGAGGCCGAUGCCAAGGAAGCAGCUCCCAAGGGAGAUGGUGCUGAUGAGGCUACCAAUGACGAGGCAGACGCUGAGUACUCAGCCAAGGAUGAGUUGUAGUUUGUCAGAUGGGUGUCCCCCACCUCGUAUCGAUUUUGAUAGUCCACAUAGGAGAGCUUAAGGCCUGAUUGCCAUGGCGUUGUUUGUGGUAAAACGGGAAAUGGAUGGUCUCUAAUCAAUGUGUGCUUGGUGUAGUGUAGUCAGUGGGAUUCUGCCUCAUAUUUAGUACACGACUGUUUGAGUUAAGUGUCAGGAAUGGCUGUAGAAAGGUGUGGCCCACUUUACAUUGAAAGGUCCAGCAUGGGCAAAAUACUGGAACCACUAAUGAUGAGUUGGGAGAAUGUGGGAUCACAGCGUCAUAGAUGAUCUUGAAAUGAUUAUCCUUUUUACCUAA